UGAACACAUAUUUGUGCUGGGGUUGCCUCCGAGGAACAUCUGGCGCUGCUGUCCCAAUGGCUACGAGCCCUGACAAAAGCUCUAAAAUCUCUGUGCUCAUCCAGAAUUUCCAGGUGGGGGAAGAAAAAGCUGCGCCCGAAAACCUGACGAGCUGCUGCAGCUGGAGCCGCCGCUGGUACCGCCAUCGCUCCGGCAGCAUCACAGAGGUUUCCCGGGUGACCACACCGCGCUGAGCUCCCUCCUGCCACAACCAGCGCCGGAGCGGCCAUGGCAGGGCCCAGGGAAAACCGCUUCUUCCCUCCCAACCCCUACUACAUCCCCGGCUAUGACGGCUUCAUCCCUCAGUACAACUACCAGUUUGGAGAGACCUUUGGCAAAACCACCCACCGUCUGCUGACGGACCCCACUGUUGCGAAGAGCCCUCGGCCCUUGCUGGCACCGCUGCACAAGCCCAAGUUCAUCGAGGACUUCAGCGGGACCACGCACGGUGACCAGGGGUAUCUCCCGGGGCGUCCAGGGUACUUUCCCUAUGAGAAAGCUGGGGCUGCAACAAGCUUUCCCGAACCAGUCCUUGGGCCAAAACCUCUUCCAGUGCCGGUAGACGACGACCUGACAAUGACAAGCAUGGAUCCCAUGUCCCGUCACUACCCCGGCGAGUACGUCCUGAGGGCACGGAUGCCACACGGGUACCCACGGAAGAUUUCGUGCCAUCCCGCCACUGAGAGACGAGAGUGGAAAUUGCCUGAGCUAAUCCCAGCCGUCAGGCAGGAAAAAAUGCACAAUAUCAGCCAGCUGAGCGGCGCCUUGGUGGGAAGCAAACCGCCUGUACAAAUGGAAGGAGAGGCUGAGACUGCGGACGCGCAGCGAGCUUAUCGGUUACCAAGACUGGAUGUACCACGUGUGAUCCAACAGAAAGUCAUUCCAGGGUACACUGGGUUCAUCCCCCGCUACCUCUGGGUUUAUGGCGAGAACUACGUCCAGGCUGUGAAGGAAGCCAUGGAUGAAUUUGACCGAUUUCAGUUUUUGCAGAGAAACCCAGUUUCCAGCUUUGGCAAGAGGUUUCCCCAAACAUACUGGCCUAACAACAAGAUUUACACCGAUGCUGGACUGAUACCUUUCUACAGCGGCUUUGUACCAGAGCUGCGCAACACCUACGCGCUGACUUUUAAUAACAGCACCCGAAAAGCUUACGGAAAGGAAAAAAGGAGACGAGCUGGUGCACUGUGAAAAAUGCUUUAAUGGUGCCUGUACAGCAGCUGAAGUGACUUUGAAACAGGAAGAGGAACACAAACACAGACAGAAGUUUUGAAUGAAAGAGUUCAUACAGCUUUAAACAAAAUUUACAGGUGGUAACUGCAUAGCUUUUACUCUGCCUCGGCCUCUUCCUCCUCCUCAAACUCCCCCUCCUCCUCAGCUGUGGCAUCCUGGUACUGCUGGUACUCAGACACCAGGUCGUUCAUGUUGCUCUCAGCCUCUGUGAACUCCAUCUCGUCCAUGCCCUCGCCCGUGUACCAGUGCAGAAAAGCCUUUCGGCGGAACAUGGCCGUGAACUGCUCAGAAAUGCGUUUGAACAGCUCCUGGAUGGCUGUGCUGUUACCAAUGAAGGUGGCAGACAUUUUCAGGCCACGAGGUGGAAUGUCACAGACCGCUGUUUUAACGUUAUUAGGAAUCCACUCAACAAAAUAGCU